AUGGUUUCCAACGACUCACUGGUGCGUGCUGAGAAGCGGCUUGGGGUUCCUGCAGUCGUGGGGCGAUAUCACAGGGCACUUGAACGACAGCUGCAAGAUGACUACGAGCUGGGAGAUAAGGAGCUUUUCUUGAGCAUGGACCAUCCACGGGUAGCACGCCUGAUGGAUGUCUAUGAGACUGAAGGGCGCUUGAGUCUGGUGAUGGAGUGCAUGGAAGGUGGAGAGCUUUUCACACGCGUCAUGGACCGAGAGGUCUUUCCCGAAAAGGACGCAGCUCACACGGCCUGGCAGAUGCUGCUGGCUUUGAACUACAUUCACAGCCAUGGCAUCGUUCACCGGGACAUCAAGCUUGAAAACUUCAUGUACGCCCGCAAAGACACAGACCACCUGAAGCUCAUUGACUUUGGCCUCAGCAAAGUCUGGGAGCCCAAUACCAAGAUGGAGGCGAGCUGCGGCACCUUGGGCUACAUUGCGCCGGAGGUGCUGAACAAAACCUACAGUUCCAAAUGUGAUCUGUGGAGUCUUGGUGUCAUAGUCUACAUCCUACUCUCUGGAUGCAUGCCCUUUGCAGGGUCUGAAUACCACCAGAUCACUUGCAUUAUGUCUGGCAUGUACGACAUGGAAGACGAGGAGUGGACGUGCAUCUCCCGCAGUGCCAAGGACUUCGUGGCUUGGAGACCAGGGGCUUCGCCACAGAAAGGGAGAAGCGGUGCAUGA